UCUAAUCUCCCAGCUUCCGGAAAAAAACCCUACAUACGCCUCUCACCCUCCCCCGCUAACAGAGGAGAGAGAAUCCGAACAAUCGAAAAUGGUGACGUACAAGUUCCACCAGUACCAGGUGGUCGGAAGAGCUUUGCCGACGGAGAAAGAUGAACACCCGAAGAUCUACCGUAUGAAGCUGUGGGCCACCAAUGAAGUCCGCGCCAAAUCCAAAUUCUGGUACUUUUUGAGGAAGCUUAAGAAGGUGAAGAAGAGCAAUGGUCAGAUGCUUGCUAUUAACGAGAUUUUUGAGAAGAAUCCCACAACAAUCAAGAACUUCGGAGUCUGGCUAAGGUACCAGAGUCGAACAGGCUACCACAACAUGUACAAGGAGUACCGCGACACCACAUUGAACGGUGGUGUCGAGCAAAUGUACACCGAGAUGGCAUCUCGUCACAGGGUUCGUCCUCAUUGCAUCCAAAUCAUCAAAACCGCCACAAUCCCAGCUAAGCUAUGCAAGAGGGAGAGCACUAAGCAGUUCCACAACUCCAAGAUCAAGUUCCCGUUGGUCUACCGAAAGGUGAGGCCGCACUCGAGGAAGCUCAAGACCACUUACAAGGCAACUAAGCCUAAUCUCUUUAUGUAGAAAUGUUGUCCUUUUUCGGGGGGCGCAGUUUUACUAUAUUUCCGUUGAAGUGCUUUUAUCAGUUUUGUUGGACGGAUAUAUUUUAUGUUUGCUUUCGUUUACCUGGAUUAUUAUUAUCAGACUUCGAUUUCGAGGAUUAUUUUAAGAAACUGUGUUGUUAUCGUUUUCA